UCCACCGCUCCACAGCCAGCCAGCCGGCCGGCAAUGGCGAUCUCCACCGAUUCGCACUCCGAGGAGCAGGCUACGCAGCAUUCGCAGGAGGACAAGCGGUGGGUGCUGUCUGACUUCGACGUCGGGAAAGCACUCGGGAGGGGCAAGUUCGGCCAUGUUUACUUGGCCAGGGAAAAGAGAAGCAAUCAGAUUGUGGCAUUGAAAGUUCUUUUCAAGAAUCAGUUGAAGCAAUCUCAGGUGGAGCAUCAGCUGCGGCGUGAGGUCGAGAUACAGAGUCACCUUAGGCACCCCAAUAUUCUUCGCCUAUAUGGGUACUUUUAUGAUCAGACCCGUGUGUACCUGAUCUUGGAGCAUGCUGCGAAAGGUGAGCUUUACAAGGAGUUGCAGAGAUGCAAGCAUUUCUCUGAAAGGCGGUCAGCAACCUACAUAGCAUCAUUGGCACGAGCCCUCAUCUAUCUACAUGGGAAGCAUGUGAUUCAUCGAGAUAUUAAACCAGAAAACCUUUUAGUUGGAGCACAGGGAGAGUUGAAGAUUGCGGACUUUGGUUGGUCUGUUCAUACCUUUAACCGGAGAAGGACAAUGUGUGGAACUUUAGAUUAUCUGCCUCCUGAAAUGGUGGAGAAGACGGAACAUGAUUACCAUGUAGACAUAUGGAGCUUGGGCAUCCUAUGUUAUGAGUUCCUUUAUGGUCUCCCACCUUUUGAAGCCAAAGAGCACUCCGAAACAUAUCGAAGGAUAGUGAAAGUUGACCUGAAAUUUCCAUCGAAACCAUUCGUUUCUACUGCUGCCAAGGACCUCAUUUCACAGAUGCUUGUUAAAAACUCCGCGCAUCGGCUUCCCCUCCAUAAGGUCCUGGAGCACCCCUGGAUCGUCCAAAACGCCGACCCUUCAGGCGUGUACAGAGGGUAGAGUUUGGCUCGACUAAUCACUUCAAGGAGGACCCCUGGAGCACCCCUGAAUUCUUCUCAUUGUUGUCAUAUCUGGCUUUUGUUAGCCGUGGUGUAGUGAUGUUGCUCCCGGCCGCGGGCUUUUGUUAGCCGUGGCAUUGUGCUGUUGCUCCCGAUCGCAGCUGCAUCGAUAAUGUUCAUUCAUUCAAGCUUCAACUUUUCUCUUUGAAGAUCCUGAAGCUAGCUUACUUGUAGCAGUAGUGCCAAGAAUUUGUUGUGAAUGUGUAUCCUACUCUGUAUCUCUUGUUGUUCAGGACAGCCA